AUGUUUGCUCAACCAAUUGCCGCUAUUAGUCCAAUGAAUAGUUGGAAUACAGAUUAUCGAACUAUAACUUAUGGUAAUUAUGGUUAUGGAAUCUAUACACAAGAUGUUGAACUUUAUCGGAAUCCAUAUACAGGACGAGUUAAUGUUGAACGUGAAGUUGAUUUUACUCCAAUAGUUAACUCAACAACAAUAGCAACAUGUAAUUUCAAUGCAUGUAAUUCUCAACGAAUUGCAUGUUCAUCAAAUGUUGACUGCGAUUGUUUUUCAUUAUCAUCCAACUCGAAUAUAGGAAUAUGUGCUGUAGCUACUCUCUCUUGUACAAGUGUUGUACGAUGUAAUAUGGAUAAUGUAACUUGUUCAAUCGACAGUACAAUCUGUGUGAAUAGUACACGAUGUGGUCAACCAAUAUGCUAUCCAUUAGCUAUGGCAAAUAAACAAAUUUGUCCACCAAAGACUGUUACGACUACAACUACAACAUUACGAACAACAACUAUAGUACAUACAACAAGCACAACUAAAUCUACAACAAAGAUUACAACAACAACUCAAAAGAGUACGACUACCACUAAAAAAUUGACAACAACAACUACUAAGAAGUCUACAACUACUACUAAAAUAUCGACAACAGCAUCGACAUCAACAGGUAAAACAUGCAGUAUGCAGGCCUCGAAAUCGGGCCAUGUUUUGCUGGCCCGGCCCGGCCUACAUCGGACUUUGAAUAUUGUAACUCCACCCGACCCAUCUUGA